CGUUAAAUGAAAUCACACGAAGCAGGAAAAACAAAAGUAAUCGUGUGGGUUUGAGUGUUUUACACACGUGAAAUUCAUAUUCUCGUCCUGUAUUUAUUUACACAUCCGGGACUGUGAACGUUUGGCGCGUUCAUGUCACAUGGGAAAUAAUCUGACCAGUAAACACGACAACCUGGAAACUCGAAAAUCUCACUCCGCGUCUUGAUUUAUUUUGGAAAUUAGGAUUACACGUCUCAUGUGUAACACCUCAAUCGUUUUAACAGCAGGAGACAAGAUUUAUCUUGUAUGUAAUCAAUUAUUUUGUCUUAAAAUGUUGGACAAUAAAUCCGUAUCUGUCGUAUGUCAGCCGAAUAAAUCGAGGCUAACGCGUCGAAUGAAUUAUUUUCAUAAUCGACCCGAAUGAAGUCAGUAAAAUGUAUCAAUAGAUGUGUCAUAUGUCUGUGUGUCUGUCACACAAAAGACUAGGUUAAUCGUACUAAUAAUAGCAACGGGGAUAAUCAGAUUAAGAAUAUGGCGCACAUCCGUCGAAUUUAAGUAGUUGAAAGCAAACUAGAACAGUCAAAUAAUCGUAAAGAUGCGGUGUGUAUUAUGUGAUUAUAGUUGAUUGUCUUUAGUGUGGCUAUAAAAAACAACAACAACAAAACAGGCAGGAUAUGUGGAGAUAAACAUCUCCAUGCGUCGUUUUCCAUCUUUCCCAGUGGGAUGUGAAGGCAGCGCUCUUGCUGAUUAGCCAAUGUAGCCGUCAAUCACUGGGAAGCGCCCUCCUACGUGGGUGACGUUUCCGUGCCAAAGCGGGCAGGCCAGCGCGAGACGCGCACAACAAAAGACAACAAAAGCUCGCGUGGGGGCCAAAAUGCGAGCCGUCGGUGGCCUCACACUUCCCCGCUGAGCCGACACAUUCAAACGCAUGGAGCGCAAGCGAACACGAUGACUUUUACGCGGAGAUUGUGACGACAACAAGAAGCUUGUGUUGCGUUUGCUGCGUUUACGUGCUCGACAGGCUGUCGUCCGCUUCAACAAACAUUCAGGUGUGAUUUCCUGGCGCGGCGUCGGCGUGGAGCCGCCACGCGCCCGCCGAGCCCACCGGCACCACGACGGCCCUGGCUUGCAUCCUCCAGUGUCUUUUCUGUCAGCAAGUCCAGCGGAGCCGCGACCCGUCCGGACCCGACGCAGGCGAGGAGCUGCGGCCCUCGGACAUGGUCAAGAUGACCAAGUCCAAGACCUUCCAGGCCUACCUGCCCAGCUGCCACCGCACGUAUAGUUGCGUGCACUGCAGAGCGCACCUGGCCAACCACGACGAGCUCAUCUCCAAGUCAUUUCAGGGCAGCCAAGGAAGAGCGUACCUGUUUAACUCUGUGGUAAACGUGGGUUGCGGUCCGGCCGAGGAGCGGGUUCUCCUCACGGGUCUUCACGCCGUGGCCGACAUCUACUGUGAAAACUGCAAAACCACUCUGGGCUGGAAAUACGAGCACGCCUUCGAGAGCAGUCAGAAGUACAAAGAGGGCAAGUUCAUCAUCGAGCUAGCUCACAUGAUCAAAGACAACGGAUGGGAGUGACGGACGACCGCCCGCUCGUCGAACUAUGACUCCCUCCGCCCGUUUGCGACAUCGUCAAAACGCGACCGCUGUCCCGUCUCGGCGGCCGCCGGCGGGACAACGACGGACCCUUUCUUUUUAACUCGUCGGAGACAAUAGACGUUCAGUCUGUUUUGACUGGGAUUGGACGUCUAUAACUGUCAAUGCCUGCCAAUCGGCUCGUUUUAUUGAGAUUAUUCCCACUUUCUUGACCAACUAUCAGAUCAUGUUACAAAAACGUCAAAGCAGUAUUUCUCCGGAAAUUUAUGAAUAUGGAAAUAUGAAUAUAUAUGAAGAUAGCUGUAGUAUAUGUUGUGUUUGGUUAACGCAAGAGUGGCUGGUUCCAACUUUGAUAGCCGUUCCAUAGAAUGAGAAGAGAUAUUUACUAAGUAGAUAUGAAUACAUAGGUUUUUAAAUCUAUCUAAAUAUUUAUAUAUAAAUGUUAUAUAUAUAUAUAUAUAUAUAUAUUACACGGUCAAUGUCUUGCUGUCAAGCACACGUGUGUCAUUUGCAUAUGAUGUGUGCGACGUGGUUUUUGCACUUUGCGGAGGUUUCUGCUUCACGUCAGCUUGGAGGUCCAAAAUUUCCAUUUUUUUAAUUUUAGUUUAUUUUAUGGAUGGUUAUUAAGUUUGCUUCUUUUUGGGUGUUUGGCAAUGAGCUACGCGAAAGAUAUUUUCCCGUUUUGACAUUUUUAUUUUUUUUUGGUUUCUGUUAUGUGUGUUUUACUUAUGAAAGAAAUUUUCUCAUGGGUUGGAACUUUUUUUUUUUUUUUUUUAAACAUUUUCUUGAUUGAUUUGCGUGUUGAUGACCAUUUUUUCCACACGUUUUCUGUGAUUUGUGUUCCGAUAUUUUGUUUCAUCGGUGAUGAACGACGGUUGUUUUAUUUCGAUUGGCUGUUGUGAUAUUUCCUUGUGUUUUAGAAGUUGUUUUUAUGGUUUUGUGUGAUCAUGUAUAGUUACAAGUUUUUGACGUUUUGAUUUAAUGUUUUUUCUGAAGCUGCGUUCGGAUCGGACGCGUUUGUCGCGAUUUUGCCAACCCUACACCAAAUGCUGUUUUUUUUUUUUUUGUUUGCACCAACCUGUACGUCGCCAAAAGUUGGAAAUCCGCGUAUCCCGAACGACUUCCGGUUCAUGUAAUGUAAAAAUUUAUAUAACGACUUUAAUCUCAUUUAACUACUUUUAUUCUACUAUUACGGAAAAAGUUUUGUGUUGAUUAAAAAACUUAAGUUGGUAAGUCUCAGCCAGUGAAACCAAACAACUUCCAGUUAACAUAACGUUCAAAUAAGCAACAAAACAACGUUAAUCUUGUAAAAUUGCGAUUUUAAUAUCGUCAUAUUGCAAUUUUAACCACAUCAUUUUAUAUAAAUCAUUUAAUUUUCCAAUAGUAUUUGACUUAAAUCUCAUCAUGGCUAAUAUCCUUUAAUUUUAGAAUAUAUGAUUUCAGUCUCGUAAUUUUACUAUCCUUUAAAUUCAGAAUAUAUGACUUUCUUACGGCAAUUUUACAAGAUUAAUCUCGUAACGUUGCAAUUAUAACCUCGUAAUUUUAACAAUGCUUUCAUUUUCCAAUAGUAUACGACUUAAUUCUCUACUCACCUAAAAUCUAAUUUUACAAUAUGACUUUUGUAAAAUGACGACUGUAAUCUCGUUAUAUGGUGACUAAUAUUCUCGUAAUUUUACUUUCCUUUAAUUUUAGAACAUAUGACUUUUGUCUCAAACUGCAAUUUUACCCUCAUAAUAUUGCAAUUUUAACCUGGUAAUUUUAUGACAAACCUUUCAUUUUCCAAGAGUAUAUGACUUAAUUCUCGUAAUAUUACAACUAAUAUUCUUGAAUUUUACAAUAUAUGGAUUUAAUACUUGCAAAAUUGCUCUAAUCCUUUAAUAUUACAAUGAUUUAAUACUUGUAGCACAAAUUUAAUCUCGUAAUAUGCUGAUUUUAAUCAUUUAAUUUGACAAUAUAUGACUUCAAUCUUGCAAUAUUAUGACUUUAUUUUGUAAUAUGACUUUCUCGCAAUAUGGCGACUAAUAUCCAUUAAUUUUAGAAUAUACGACUUUUGUAAAACUGCGAUUUUACUCUGGUAAUAUUGCAAAUUUAACCUCGUAAUUUUAUGACAACCCUUUAAUUUUUCAAUAGUAUAUGACUUAAUUCUCGUGAUGUUACGGCUUUGAUCUUGUAAUUUACAACUAAUAGCCUAUAAUUUUACAAUAUAUGAUUCAAUACUCUUAAUGGUACGACUUUAAUCUCAUAAAAUGCUGAUUUUAAUCAUUUACAAUAUAUGAUUUAAUUCUUGUAAUUAUACAAAUGAUUCAAUACUCGUAUUAGUGCGACUAAUCUCGUAAAAUUGCUUUAAUCCUUUAAUUUUACAAUAUACGACUAUUUUGUAAUAUUACAACUUUAAUCUCAUAAUAUGACUAAUAUCCUUUAAUUUUACAAUAUAUGAUUUCACUCUCGUAAUUUUACUGUCCCUUAAUUUUAGAUUGACUUUAAAAUGGCAAUUUUACAUGAUUAAUCUCAUAAUAUUGCAAUUAUAGCCUUGUAAUUUUAUGGCAAUCCUUUCAUUUUCCAAAAGUAUGUGACUUAAUUCUCGUAAUAUUAUGGCUUUAAUCUCGUAGUCUCGUAAAAUUGCUUUCAUCUAAUCUUACAAUAUGAUUUAAUACUCGUAAUAUGCCGAUUUUAAUCCUUUAAUUUUUACAAUGUAUGACUUCAAUCUCGUAAUAUUAUGACUUUAUUUUAUAAUAUUACGGCUUUAAUCUCGUAAUACGGCAACUAAUAUCCUUUAAUUUUACAAUAUGAUUUAAUUCUAAUUUACGAUCCAUUAAUUUUAGAAUGACUUUUGUAAAAUUGCAAUUUUACUCUCGUAAUAUUGCAAUUUUAACCUUGUAAUUUUAUGACAAUCCAUUUUCCAAUGGUAAAUGACAAUUCUUGAAAUAUUACAACUAAUAUCCUGUAAUCUUAUACAAUAUAGGAUUUAAUACUCGUGCCAACUUGAAUCUUACAUAAAUUAUUGUAAUACAAUUUUUUGAUCCGUAAUUUAUGAUUUUAAUUUCGUAAUACGAUGACCUUAAUCCUUUAAUUUUACAAUAUAUAAUUUAAAUCUCGUAAUAUUACUUCUCUUGUAAUAAUACAAUGUAUGACUUCAUUCUCGCAGUAUGCCGACUUUUAUCUCUCAUAUUUGGAUGAUUCUUCUGGUCCUAUAUAUAUAUUUUUUAUCAUUCUCUGGACUUUUGUUGUUUCCUGUAACUGAAGUCAUGUGAACAAGAAAUCAUAUUUGAUUGGGUGUUUCCUCAUCGUUGCAGUAAAAUCAAUUUGGCCUGAAAGUUGAACGCCCAACAUCGCAGGGUGCGGCCUAUCUGGUCCAACUGUCAACGCGCAAUUACAUUAACUUUGUAUGGGGGAAAAACUUGUCCGGUCUGAACGCAACUCGACUUUUUCCAUUUUUCUUGCGUAAUACUAUCCACAACCGGCAAUAUUGCGCAUUUUCCCGCUUUUAACAUAGUUUCCGAUUUGAUUUAAUGCCGUUUAUUCCUCCUGUUUCCCUUGUGAUGUUUACACCUUUUUAGUUUUCACUUGCGCCGCUUUUACGAAGAACUUUCCGACGUCUCGACCUCCAAGCUGCGGCCGAUCACCGCGCCUCCGCAAAACUUCCGACGACUCCUUAUUACAUGUACGUUUUGCGGCGCGAAACUCCGGCCCCUCGAGUACAAAGAAACUGGCUACAUCCCCUCGGGCACGUUUUGGCGCGACGAGAUCGAUGACUUUGCCGGCGAAGGUCAUUCCGAUUGCCGCCAUUUUUCUCGAAGGGUUAAAAAAAAAAGUUAGCGUUUAGCACGAGCAACUCUACUUGAACGACAAACGGCGGAGAUAUUGUUCCCUUUUUUGUGUACAUAAAAUGACAUCAUAUUUAAGCUUUUUCUACGUAUAUUUCUACCGGCUUUUUUUUUCUGUUACGUCCCCAACUUGAAGCACUUUGCCUGACCCGCUUUAGUUCGCUUAGCCCGUUUGAUUUGGUGGAGGGCGAGCUGGAAUCUCUCGCCGUCAUCUCGCCCCACUUUUUGUUUCUUCAAGCCGCACACGUGAUUGUACUUCCUGUUAUUUAUUACUCGCUGGCCUUAGCGGUUGUUGCAUCCCAAAUCAGGGCUCCUCACUGUUGUUUUUUUAAAAUCAUCUAACAAAUGAGGGGUGUUUUUUUCCCCCCUGCUCAAUGGCGGCUAUGGUUUAAAAAAAAAAAAAAAAACGCCUAUUGUCCAAUUGCGAAAUCCAAAUAUAAGGUGUGGAAUGUUUUAUUUUUAAAAUUUCGGGAGCAGCGGCAAAGAUGAAAAACAAAAUUCUCCAGCUGCUGCCAAUUUGUUUACUUGUCUGAUGUCAUGUGACAGUGGCGAGCGCCUCAAGCAGCAUGUUAUAUUUAUACGUAUCAUCAUGAUUAUUCUUGUUUUUGUGCCUCUUUGUUUCUCCUCGGGGUGGUUCCGAUGCUGCUUUUGAUUUGCUUCCGCAUUCUGCCUCAGUAGAUGACGACGGAUGAUGUCACGCGUCGCUUUUCACUCGUCUGUCUGAUAUCACAAUAAAUUUUCAAUGCAA